AUGAUUAGACUUGCUAGAAGACAAAUUAGAUUAUCCAAACCUGUUAAUAUUCUGACUAGAUGUUUGGUAAACUCUGCUCGUGUUUUCCAAUCUCGUAUUCCUGCAAAUAACUCAGCAUCUUUGGGGAUUGACAAAACCAUCGAAUCAAAUAUUCAAUCAGAAACUAAUAAAUUAGCUAAAACUGGUGCUAGAUUCUGGAAGAAAGGUGAUGUUUAUUUUAAUCCAGAUACAAAGAAAUAUGAAAUCCAAUUAGAUGGUAAAACUCUACGUACCCCAUUAGGUUUCCCAUUAGAAUUGCCUGAAAGUAAAAAACAAUUGGCCUAUUUGAUUGCUCAUGAAUGGACCCACUUGCCAGAUCUUAAAGUCAAAUCUAGUACAUUACCAUUAACUGCAUUGGCAACUAGAGCAAUCGAUUUAAGUAAACAUCAUUUAAGUGAUAGUGAUAAAGCAAAAGAAAUGCUUGCUUUAGAAGACAUCAAGUUACAGAUGUUGAGAUAUCUCGAUACUGAUACAUGUCUUAUUUUUGCUACCAACAGAGAAUGUGAUGGUAAAUUAAGAAAAAGACAAGAAGAAAUUUAUCGUCCAUUGAUUGCUGAAUUUGAUGAAUUUUUCACCAAAUAUGCUCAUACUAAGAAAUUAAUCCCAGAAAAUGAAUCAAUUGAAUUAAAAUUCUUGGAUUGUGAAAAAGACGGUUUAAGAGGUAAUAAACAAGGUGAAAAAACUCAAGAAGUUGUAUUGGAUUGGUUGGAUCAAUUACCAAUUUACGAUUUGAUUGCUUUAGAAAAAACCAUAUUGACUUCUAAAUCAUUCUUGUGUGGUAUUACGUUGUUGAGAUCUAACGUUAAUGAUGAACAAACGCUUAAGAGCUUGUAUCAAAUCAAUAAACAAGAUACUAAAGACUACUACCAUAAGAGUUUAGAGGAUGUGGUAGAGUUGGCUAAUUUAGAAACCAUUUUCCAAACUGGCGAAUGGGGAGAAGUUGAAGAUACUCAUGAUGUUGAUAAACACGAUUGGUUAAGAAACUUGGCCAGUGCUGCUUUAGUAUGCCAUUAG